GUCAAAUGCGGCCGUGGCUGUGGGUGCCGGAGUGUGUUCCUUGACCAAGGAAAUCUAAGACAUCGACUCGCUGUGCGAUACCGUUCGUCUUACACGAGUGGUGGGUCGUCAAAUGUGGUGUGUAGCGCUAGCCAUCCAAAUCAUCACUACCCCCAGCAUUGUAAGCGCCGACUGGCCCACGCCCAUUCCGCCUCAGCCUAUCAAAUUCGCAAGCCGGCAUCACUCACCAUCAACUUUCUAAAUCCACAGCCAGCGCCUCCCAGCUGGGACAACAAAGCUUAGCGGUAUGGCCGGCUAGACAGAAAGGUAAUAAGAUGUAGAAUAGCCCACGGUAAGGAUCCUUCUCUUUCCAUUUCUGAUUGAUUGCCUUUUUCUUGCUUAAUCUGGGGGCCUGCUUCUCCCGCCCGUCGUUCCAUUUACCUGGGAACGCUGGUCGUCGUUCGUUCCUCCUUUCUGUUGGCCGGUAUGAGGCAGUCGUCAUAAUUUUAAGAUGAGGAGUUUGGGCAGCGUACUUGCUGAGACCUAUGCCUCGUGGCUGCAGUCGAUCUCUCAGUGUUGUCCGCCUUUGGCCUCCCGCCGUGACGAGAAGCCUCGUCCCCGCGCCGAGAAACCCAACGCAGUCUUUGGGGACCAGCCCGGCCUUGUCCCACCACCGUCUGCGGAACCACUAUGGCCCUCUGAAAGAGGAUACGGGGCCGAGCAGACGACUCGGGACAGAUCGAGCAGUAAGGGAAGCCGCUUCUCUGUGAGGAGACGCUUUUUUUCAAAUACCUCGUCGCGCCGGCCGCACAUAUCAGCUCCCACCAACUUCCGCCAUGUCUACUCGGAAUCAUUCCAGUUUCCCGAGCCACAACACCGUCUGUGGCCCGCCUCCUUCCGACCUCUGGAGUUGAGCAUCUACAUGCCUGAUAAUCACCUAUCACCGAUAUUGCCCGUCUUCGAUUACGCAGACCAAAGCAUCACGCCACCACCUCCGGCGCACACCCAAGCGCCAACGUGGGACGACAACAGCGUCACCUUGACCCAUGAGAGAAGCAAUUCGUCCAUGUCAUUCCAUUUACCAAGACGGCCUCUGCAUGAAGAGUCGUCUUUCUCUAGUAGCGCGGAUACCACGCCUCCCAGAAUCCCCCCGCGCUCGGUAGCGAGGACAAGACCAAGGGCAUACACAUCGCCGAGUGUUGAGAGGAUUGUCGAGCGUAUCGCUAGUGCUAUGAUCGAGAAGGAGCUGCUGCAGGCUGAGAUCGACUCGGUUAUUGACCGUCAGAGCGUGUACAUGAGCAGCCGCCCAUCUACAGCUCAUGGGAUGCAAGACCUCGAACCAAUGCCGUCCAUCCCAGCGAUGCCGGCAGCUGCGCCCUCGUUCGCCGAGCGGCUGAGCACAGAGGGUCGGCCUCAUACAGCACCGUCUCAUCCGAUCCACGUCCGUCGUCGCGAGGACACCAUUGCGGAGUCCCCCACGGCAUUCAUCAGCCAGCACAAGCAGGUUAGAGAUGGGCUGGACCGGCCACUCGCGCCUCCCCUUCCUCUAGUCCUCCGUCCGCCGCUGCGCAAGAAGAAGUCCUUCUCUCGAGUCUCAAACUGGCUCUUCCCGGCUACCGAGCAUCAACGAGAUAUCAGUCUCGAGUCCAUCACCAAUCGCCCCAAACCGGUCACUGGGAACGAAGGAUUCUACCAGUGCGUUGGAACUCCCGAAGCGGCCGGGCGCACUAGCUUGGACACCGUCUCCUCGGUGUCGACGGUGUCGACUUGGGAAACGGAGGAGGAGCGCCAGACCAUUCCGACCACAUGGUCGCCGGGGAGCAGCCCGGUGAUGGAGCAAGAUACGCCUGCCUCACGACCACAGGCCAUUGACCGCAGCGCCACAUUUGGCCGGAGUACUGAUAUCUACAGACUGCAGAGCGUGGGAGUUGCCUUCUAAACUGUAUUAUUUAUCAGAGAUUUACACUUCCUGUACAGCACACCCGCGAAGGACGGCGAGUGCGGAUAGAGAAGACUAGGGAGGAAUAUACCCAUCGGGGAAGGAGGUCUGUGGCAUUUUGUGACAUUUUGCAUUCGAAGCCCGUCCUUGAUAUGGACCGCUUGCAUUUGUUUGAAGAGAAGCUGUUACUUGGUUUCACGGUGCCAAUGACAAAAGUACCUCUCGAGGUGGCUAGGAUUUGGUUUUGCAUCGAAGCUGGCCGGGCCAAGUCUCGAAGCAAGGCAUCAUCGAAGGAGAUGAUCGUCCCGUUAUUUUUAGCUUGAGAUCAAAGUGCCAAAUCAAGGUCUUGGUUCUAGCACUGAGCAAUCACAAGGAUGCGAAUUUUUAUGCCUGAGGCCCGUAUGCAGCGCCCAAAACGGUGGGUUUGUGUCAAAUUCCUAGAAGA